UUUGAAAUAUAUAUAUUUUUCUUUCCCUUUCCGCAAAUUUACAUAUUUUAUUCUUCCUCACCUCACCUUACCUCAUCUCAUCUCACUUUAUUUUCCUACGGCUUCCAUCUUCUUUUUGAAUACAUCAGCCAUUUAUUGGUUGAAUUUCACUGCGUAGUUGAAAGAAUACUCUAGACUGACAACUAUGAGCCAGGCAGUCAGUAAUAGCAACAACACCACGCCGGCACGGAGAAACGCCAGCAGCCGCUACGGCGAUGACACCGACUCGGCAAUUGACGCGCAGGCGGCGCUCGUAAUGCGCAAGGGCUUCCUCGACGAUGUCAUUGAUGGAAUCCAGCUCGGGCUCCUUGUAAUUGUGGGCAUCUCCGUUGUGUUUAUUGGAAUCUUUGCCAACAGCCUUCCGACGAUUUUUCCGGCGACAAAGCCAUUCUACGACGCUAUUGUGUCAAUUCCGGGGUUCAUUAUGAAUGUUCCAGAGCAUGCGGCGCUGGCUAUGCUGUAUUUCCCCCGGUCUGUCGACGAGCUAUUUUUCCUUGCGUCGGAUCUGAGAUUCUGGCUUGGCGAGCAGAUGCAUACGCUGCCGUAUAAGGAGUGCGUUCUGGUAUUCUCAUGGGCGACGUAUCUGUGGGAGGCCAAGCUGGAUAUUCGGCAGCGCGACCGCCUGCAUGAGGUGCGGCGUCCUGCGGCCAUUGCGCCGUUCAUCUCGCGCCAGGCGUAUCUGGAGGCCAACGCCUACGGAUUGGACAAGAGCAGCCUCGGGCUGGUAAAAAAUGUUUUUAUGCAGAUCCAGACUACGGUGAUCAUUAUCUACGACCUGACGCCCUGGCUGUGGACCAUUGUUGGCGAUGCGAUGGAUGAGUACCUUGGGUAUGGGCCCGAGUACGAGAUCACUCGGUCGAUUGCGUACUUUUUGGCGGCCACGUAUGUGUCCACGUUCCUUUCGCUGCCAUUUGAUCUGUACUCGACCUUUGUUGUUGAGAAGAAGCACGGGUUCAACAAGCAGACCUUUGGACUGUAUGUGUCGGACAUGGUGAAGAGCCUGGCUCUGACGGCGCUGUUGGGCGGACCUAUCCUGGCAGCGUUCCUGUGGGUGAUCGACAGAACCGGGUCGCAGUUCUACCUGUAUGCGUGGGGGCUGAUGGCGGCGGUGCAGCUUCUGGCCAUUCUGAUAUACCCGACCUUCAUCCAGCCGCUGUUCAACAAGUUCGAUCCGCUGCCCGAGGGCGAGCUGCGCAACGCCAUCGAGGCGCUCGCAUCGCGUCUGAACUUCCCGCUCAAGAAGCUUUAUGUUGUGGACGGCAGCAAGCGGUCGAGCCACAGUAACGCGUAUGUCUUUGGGUUCUUCAGGAGCAAGCGUAUUGUGAUCUACGACACCCUGAUCAACCAGUGCACGACGGAGGAGAUUGUGGCCAUUGUCGGGCACGAGCUCGGGCACUGGAAGAACAACCAUAUCUUGCGCAUGCUCACCGCCGUGCAGCUGCAGACUUUCAUUGUCUUCUUUGCGUUCAGCUGCUUUGUGGGCGAGCGGGCUAUGUACGAGUCGUUUGGGAUGCAUACAAUGCCGACGCUCGUUGGGUUCAUAUUCUUCCAGUUCCUGUAUCAGCCGCUGGACAGUCUUUUGACGUUUGCCAUGAAUGUUCUAUCGCGGGUGCACGAGUUUGACGCGGAUGCAUUUUCGAAGAAGCUCGGGUACGGCGAGCAGUUGGCGUCGGGGCUGAUUAAGCUGCAGAUCGAGAACAAGAGCGUGAUGAACCCUGACCCGCUUUACUCAGCUUACCACUUUUCGCACCCGCCGCUGGUCGAGCGUCUGAACGCCAUCAACGACCCCAAUGUAGCGCCAAAGUCCAACUAACUUUUUUUUAAUUAUUUUCUUUUUCAUAACUGUAAUUCUAUUACAAAAAAGGAAAUAUGAGC